AUGCUUAUCCAGGUCGAAAAUGAAUCUUCCGGAAUGCUAGUCAUAAGAGGUAUGGAACCAGAUAAGAACAUUUCUUUUGACGAAUCAGAUGAAGGGACUACGAAAUCAGGGAGACUAAUUCUCAAUAUUUUACAAGGCGAACUCUCCAAAAAAGCCACAGAAACCCUUAGAUCAGCGGGCAACUCACCUAAAAAACAAAUCCGCUAAAUUAAAGCAGCCCAAAAUAAACAAUCAAAAACUAGCAAUAAUAAUUAGCUAUGAAACCUGACACUAAACCACCUACACGCACAUCCAGCAACAAUUAUCUUGCAGCCAAUAAUAAAAGUAACGAGAUCACUGAACCUAGAAAUUUCAUCGAACCAGAACCAACACCGAUAUAUAUGUAUAUUAGCAAAAUUUACAACUUCUGAUCGGACAAACUAACUUC